AUGAUUACCUCUGACGUCUUAUCCCAUUUACAAUCCAUUGCCUUGUUGUCUUCUUGCUCCACCUUGUUUGUUCCAUCUUUCCUUUUUGCCCUCUUCAUUCUCACAAACAUGGCGAAGCUCGAACCUGCGACCGACAUCGAUCCAAAUGUCUGGUAUCAUAUGACCGAGGAGAAUGUUGACGAUUACGAGGGAGACUUCAAGUCGAUGCUGCAGACUUGGGAGGAUGGAGAUUUCAGGGUGUUUCCUGUGGCCAAGAGGAAGACAUACUGGCAAUUUCAACCGAUAGGCAAGAUACCGGGUCGAUACGCUCUCCGAUGUUCCGAAACCACGACACAAAAGCAGUUCGCCGUCUGCUACCGCCCAGGCGAGUCGGUCGAGAACAGGCGCACACGCGCUUGUCUACGAAACAGCGACGGUAGCGACGGACAACAAUGGGAUGUGGCACUAUGGGGGAAGAAUGACACGUACCGCUUCAUCAACGUACACAACGGUAGUAAAUAUCACCUCGACGUCAUCCCAAGCGGCCCAGUGUACAUGAGCCCGAACCUUGAUGGGUACCAAAGGAGGCAACGGUGGCUCAUGACGAGCGCUCCCGAGUCAACUGCCGAUUCAGCAACGACAACAGGAGAGUCCGGCAAUCAAACGGGCCAACCAGACACAGAUCCUGGCGGCUCUGGCAACAGUAGCCUUUCAGGCGGUGCCAUCGCGGGUAUCGUCAUUGGAGCAGUACUUGGUGUUCUUGCGAUUGCGCUUGUAGCAUUCUUCCUCUGGAGACGGAGAAAACGGCAGACCGAGGGAGCUCCUGCGUCCGCCCAAGCUCCACCGUACCCUCAGUCACCCGAUGGUUAUAAACCAGAAAUGUCCUCACAGACGCCAGUUUACGAGUUACCGAAUAACCAAAACCCGGCUGAACUGCCCGCAAAUCAUUGA